AUGCAAAACAUUCUCAUCUUCAUCGCCAUCCUGGCAACGGCAGCCGCGGCUCCAGCGUAUUUUCUGACUGAAGAACCUCACGUCUACCACGCAGUACCCUUGACUUCAAAGUCGACCUACACCCAGAGUAGCCAAGUUAUCGACCACGGAAGCACUUUCAUCCAUGCACCUGUUGUCCACUCUCCUGUCGUUCCCUUGGCCCACGCAAAGACCACCAUUACGAAAGCCAAUCAAGUUGUCAACCAUGGUGGUUCUGCAGUAUUGCAUCCAGUGAAUACUGUCUACACUCCCGUAGUCCACACUCCAGUAGUCCACAUGCCUGUGGUAUAUCACUCAUCGCCUCUCGUAACCCUGAAGACUGCGGCCGCCGCGGCACCAGCAUAUCUCUUGGCCCAAGAUCCUCACGUCUACCACGCGUUACCCUUGACGUCCAAGUCUACGUACACCCAGAGUAGCCAAGUCAUCGACCACGGAAGUACUUUCGUCCAUGCACCUGUCGUCCACCAUGUACCUCUGGUCCAUACAAAGACCACUUUAACUAAAGCCAACCAAGUUGUCAACCAUGGUGGCUCUGCAGUUUUCCAUCCAGUAAAUACUUACGAAGUUAUGCCUGUGCAUGGAAUAUACCAUGUUCCUUCAAAAACUACCGUGACCAAAAGCAGUCAGGUAGUUAAUCAUGGAGGAACUGCUGUUGUACACGCUCCAGUGGCGCAUGCUACUGUGGUCCACACUCCUGUGGUGUAUCACUCAUCACCUCUCGUAACCCUGAAGACUGGUGAUUCAGCUAUCAGUCACCAAAGUUCUACUGUUCAUGAAACUGUACCUGUAGUUAAAUCUUUGCCAUUCGUUGCUAUUCAUCAUUAA